AUGCUUCUCUCAGUACUUUUGGCAUCCAUUGUUGCCUCCAGGGGUCUUGCCCAAGGCCUCAAGUUGCCUGUCGUCGACCUUGGUUAUGGACUACAUCAAGCAAUAGGAUACAAUGAUACCUUGGACGUUUAUAACUUCUCCAAUAUCCGAUACGCUCGGCCUCCGACGGGUAGUCUUCGCUUCACGGCGCCCCAGCCUCCUCUAGUAAACAGAACUCUGCAGGAUGGCAGCUCCGGAGGUACCUGCCCUCAAGCAUACCCUGUUUGGUACCUCUGUGGGCUGGCUCUGCUCGGUGGCUCCAUCAACUCCACCGAUGCCUGCGAUGCUAGCCUCAUUCCCAAACCCGACCCUACAGAACAAGAGGACUGCCUGUUCGUCGAUGUCAUAGUCCCGAGAAAGAUAUUCGCCAAUGCCAGCAAGGAGCAUAAUAAAGGAGCGCCGGUGAUGGUUUGGGUGUACGGAGGUGGUUUUACUUUCAGUAAAAAAUACGAAGACGGAAAUCCUGCUGGGCUCAUCCAGAGAAGUCGGGAAGAAGACGUGAGUGGCAAUGGCGUUGUCUAUGUCACAUUCAAUUACAGGGGUGGUGCCUUUGGUUUUCUGUCCGGGCCCAACAUUCAGUCCAAUGGAACCGCCAAUGCUGGCCUGCUUGAUCAGCGCAUGGCUCUCGAGUGGGUGCAACAGUACAUCCACCUGUUCGGAGGCGACCCGAAGCAGGUUACUGUAUUCGGACAAUCAGCUGGAGCAGGUUCCAUUAUGCACCAGAUCACAGCAUAUGGCGGUUUGAAAGGGCCAGCACCUUUCCAGAGGGUGAUCCUACAGUCACCCGGGUUCGAGCCAUUCCCCAGCCACUGGGAGCAGGACCAUCUGCUGCAGAGGUAUCUGGGGCUCCUCAACGUGUCGACAAUUCAAGAAGCACGCGAACUUCCCUUCGCGACACUCUCUGCCGCCAAUGUAGAGCUCGUCGCCACCUCACCGUACGGAACGUUUACAUUUGCCCCUGCGGUCGACGGAGAUUUCGUGCCGGGCCUGCCAGGCAAUUUGCUGACGCAAGGGAACUACGACACAUCGGUGGAGCUGUUGACGGGCUUCAACGCGCACGAAACGCUGUACUUCACCGAUCCAGCCAGUACCAACAACUCCAUCUUCCUGUCCAGCAUCACCAGCACGUUCCCAGGCAUUCAAGCCCCGGUCGCAGACUACGUUUCCCAGACCCUCUACCCUCCUGUCUUCAACGGGAGCUAUCCCUACAGCUCGUUCUACGAGCGUGCCGAGCUCACGCUGCAGGAAAGCGCCUUCACUUGCAAUACCUUCUUCCUCCAAACCGCGGGAGCCCUCAGCAAAGUCAAGUCGUCGGGCUACGGCUACCGCUUCAGUGUCCCGCCCGCUUACCACGGCCAAGACGUCGCUUAUACGUACUACAACCCCUCGACGGCUGGCCCGAGUGUGAACGCCACCAUCGCCCUAUUCAUGCAGCGGGUCUUGACCCGGUUCGCCCUGACUGGGAACCCAAAUCGCGAGAACGAUGCCGCGGGGGCCACUACCAUGCCUGCAUAUUUCUCUCACCAGAUGACAUCGGAGGCGGGUCACAUCCUCGACCUGAAUGUGACAGGCUUGAACGUGAUUACUGAUCCCAACGACAACGACCGCUGUCGCUGGUGGCAGAAAUCGCUGUACUACUGA